AUGUCAUGGAACCAAACACUCAUCAUCAGAGCUCAGAAGGUCCUCAGUUCCACUGGAGGACCGGUUCCUGAAUUAUUCGUCAAUGACUGCUACUCUCUUGCCAGGGUAAGUCGCUGUCCCACAAGGCCCAGCGGUCUCUCAAGCCACAUGUUCUGGGUUCUGCAGAGGCAGCACCUGGGCUUUCUGGUCCCCAGCCCUGCCCUGUGGGCAUCUCUGACCUUCCCCUCUUGCUUCAGGUCUUUGGUGCCUUUCUCCCUGCGGAGCAGCUCUUGGAGGCCAUGUGCUUCCUGGCCAGAGACCUGGUUGUCGAGAGCAGCUUCAACCCGUUGGAGAAUGCAAGAAUUCAUCAAGCAGUUUGGCGGCACAAAAGUGGAGGUAAGGCGUCUGCAAAGGUAGGAGAGAAGAAGAUUCUCCGCUUUGGUGUAGGGGAGGCAACCUCAUGCCAUUGGGUGGCCAGGACACAUGUUAGUUGAGAGGGGCCUGGCAAUGUCAGGACAAGAACCUCAGCCAAGGGUCCUGAGAAACAUGGGUUCAGGAAUGGGGGAUCCUCCUCCUUCUGGGAGCAGACAGGCAAGCUACUUCUCUUGGCCCACAAUGGAUAGGGGAACUGGCGCCCUGGAGCUGCCUGGGUCCAAUACUCCCAGGACCCUGAGUGGUACCUUGGAAGGAAGAGGCUGUGGUGGCACAGGUCAAGGGUCCCUCUUUCAAUGAGGGAUGGAGGGAUCUGCCUGCAGACAGCCCCGCUUCCUUGUACUCUCUAAGCAACCCUCUCCUUUUCUCUGACAGGUGAAGGUGCUGCUGGAGGCCUUCUACAAGAUCACCCGGGGCCUACAGUGGAGGGCAGAAACAUAGCUGUCUUCGCUUUCUCCAUCUUGUCACACCACCCCCUGGAGAAAGUGGUUGAAUACCUCCUCCAAUUUCCCUUCGGGUAUGGAGCCCUCCAGGUUCUACUGGGCUAAGGGACUAAAGACUAGGACUAGCCACCAGAGAAACAGUUUCUAUCCAAAUGUGAUUUUGGUUUUAAACGCAGUGUAAGGAGUCUCUAGGGGAGUACUGUGUAUUGUAUUUAAAAAUGGGAUAUCAGAGUUUUUAGGGGGCUAACCAGGUCGGGAUAGCUGGGAUAGCAGGCUUGUUGGUUUUUGAAUGUCUGAUGUAGAUUUUUCAAUUUUGUUGUUCUGUAUGGGACAAUGACAAUAUAGAUUAUCGUAUUAUUGUAUGGUAUCGUAUCGUUGGCAAACUGCAGGGCUUGCUCAGAAAGCCCUUGCUGCCAUUUCCUCUCUCUGGAGCAUGGCAGCAAGCAGGAGACUUGAAUUGCUCUUGUUUUUGCAUUCACAGAGACUGCAAGAGAGUAUGGAAGGAGGUUUUAGCAUCGGCCGCCCAAGAACAACUGCUCCAUCUCACGGCCGAGCAACUUUACCAAAGCCCCUUGGCGGAAUCUGCCACCCAAGUGGUAAGGACCAACCACCUGCUUUCUGGCUUCCUUCCCAGGGUAAUAUCUAGGGAUUCCUGUAUUCUGCAGAAAAGCAGGGAAAGUGACUUGCACCUCUCUCUUUUCCAGCAACAUCUCACCAGCCUGUUACACGCCAUCCUCAGGAUGGAGGACUACAAGGCAGCUGUGCGCUGGAACUUCCCACAGCUGCUGAUUGCUCUCCUGGGGAUGGUUGUCAACUUCCACUAUGACCAGGAAUUCCUUGGGUGA